CUUCGUUUUAUUAGGUCUUGAGAAAAGCACCAGCUUACCAUCUCCUAGCCAAAAAAAACUUUCACUCUCUUUUCCAGGAAUUCCAAAUGGCUCCCAAGGCCGCGGAGAAGAAGCCGGCUGAGAAAAAGCCAGCGGCGGCAGAGAAAGCCCCAGCGGAGAAGAAGCCAAGGGCAGAGAAGAAGAUACCCAAAGAAGGAGCGAUUGACAAGAAGAAGAAGAGGGCAAAGAAGAACGUCGAGACCUACAAGAUCUAUAUCUUUAAGGUCCUGAAACAGGUCCAUCCUGACAUUGGGAUCUCCAGCAAGGCAAUGGGUAUCAUGAACAGUUUUAUCAACGAUAUUUUUGAGAAGCUCGCUCAAGAGUCAUCGAGGCUUGCAAGGUACAACAAGAAGCCUACCAUUACUUCUCGGGAGAUCCAGACAGCUGUCAGACUGGUUUUGCCUGGAGAGCUUGCGAAACAUGCUGUCUCUGAAGGGACCAAGGCUGUUACCAAGUUUACCACUGAGAAGAAGCCAGCAGCAGAGAAAGCCCCAGCGGAGAAGAAGCCAGCAGCAGGGAAAGCCCCAGCGGAGAAGAAGCCAAGAGCCGAGAAGAAGUUGCCUAAAGAAGGAGGAGCGAUUGACAAGAAGAAGAAGAAGACAAAGAAGAACGUUGAGACCUACAAGAUCUAUAUCUUCAAGGUUUUGAAACAAGUCCACCCUGAUAUUGGGAUUUCAAGCAAGGCUAUGGGUAUCAUGAACAGUUUCAUCAAUGAUAUCUUUGAGAAGCUUGCUCAAGAGGCUUCAAGGCUCGCUAGGUAUAACAAGAAGCCCACCAUUACUUCUCGGGAGAUCCAGACUGCUGUCAGAUUGGUUUUGCCUGGAGAGCUUGCGAAACAUGCUGUUUCUGAAGGGACCAAGGCUGUCACCAAAUUUACCAGCUCAUAGGCCGCUCUAGGCUUUGUUGGGUUCUGGAUUUGUGUGUUUUGUGGGUGACAUGAUCCAUGAAAUAGCUUUUCUGUUGAAGCAUAGGUUUAGGUUUUAGUGGAUUUGAUGCAGGAAGUUUACUCUUCAUCAAAGAAACUUGAAUCUUGGUCAUAAUUUUUCUUUGAUUAUUGGGUUUGAAUGAUGUUGAUUCCUGCU